CACCGUGAUUGCACCAAACGCCCAAUGAUGCACAGCACCUUAGCACCGUUUUAUUUACUUUAAAAUGAAACUUGUCCUGACAAGUUCAAGUUAGGAAAAGAAAAAAUGGCAGAUGAGGACGAAGAUUAUCCUCUCCAUGAGAGUGUUUUUAAUGGUGACAUUGAGAAAGUGAAUAAGUUAUUAGAAACUUGUGAUAUAACCAAGAAAGAUAAGCAUGGUAACACAGCUCUUCACUUGGCAGUAAUGCUUGGACAAAAAGAAUUGAUUGAGCUCCUUGUCUCUCACAAUGCUCCUGUUAAGAGCAAAAAUAGUGAAGGAUGGAGUACCCUGGCUGAAGCUAUCAGCUAUGGUGAUAGAGACACAAUCACUCUGCUGCUGCAGAAGCUCAAGCAACAGUCAAAAGAAGCAAUGGAUGAUCGUCGCCCACAAUUAAUUAAUGCACUUAGUAAAAUGGACGACUUUUACAUGGAGUUAAAAUGGGACUUCCAAAGCUGGGUUCCACUGGUGUCCCGCAUGUUGCCAUCUGAUGUUUGUCGGAUACAUAAGAAAGGUGCCUCUCUGAGGCUAGACACAACGCUGGUGGACUUCAAUAAUAUGCGCUGGGAGCGUGGCGACAUCAGCUUCCUCUUCACUGGCCAGACCAGUUCUGGAGCUCGACCUGCUCAUUCCCUCACUGUUAUUGAUAACACCUUGCGUGUAUAUCAGAGAGUCCGGCAUGAGGAGUGUGAUGCCGAGCUGGAGGACGAGGUGAACAUCAUGAUGAGUUCAGAUAUCGUCUCUGCUCAGAUGAGCAUGAAGGAAAUCACGUUUGCACGAGCCCAGUCUGGCUGGAUAUUCCGAGCUGACAAGAAAGAAGUAGUUGGGAAGUACAGUGCAGAUUUCUACUGCCUCAACGGCUUAUGUAUAGACUCGCACAAGCGUAGGGAGCAUCUCACUGCAGAGGACCUCAUCAAGAACAAGCAGCUCGUUGAGAACCUCACAAAAGGCAGCACCUCGCCUUCUGCAUCAGGGCCGGAGCAGCUGCCACGACGUUCGUCCUUGCCCCCGCCAGCGCCUCCUGCCGUGUCGUGGCACGAGUACAUAUCAGCCCCCUCAGGCGCCCCUCCGCUGCUGGCGCGCCCCCGCGUCAUGAAACACAACACCAAGACAUUCAGGGCUACGGUCGCCAUGAGUGAAGAGUUCCCUCUGACGGUCUCGAUGCUGCUGAGCGUUCUAGAGAUCAUUGCUCCCUUCAAGCACUUCGCCAAGCUCAGGGAUUUCGUCCAAAUGAAACUUCCGCCGGGGUUUCCUGUAAAAAUUGACAUCCCGAUCCUGCCGACAGUGUCUGCAAAAAUUACAUUUCAAGAAUUUGAGUUCCGUCCUGACCUGCCAGACUCGCUGUUCACUAUACCACCUCACUACAUCGAGGACCAGUACCGCUUCCCUGACUUAUGACCACCACCGACCACUCAGGCGCACAAUAAUCAUGAACAGUACCAGUGAACGUGUGAUGGUCAUGUCCAGUACCAGUGAACGUGUGAUGGUCAUGUCCAGUACCAGUGAGCGGGUGUUGGUCAUGUCCAGUACCAGUGAGCGGGUGAUGGUCAUGUCCAGUACCAGUGAGCGGGUGAUGGUCAUGUCUAGUACCAGUAAACGGGUAACUUGUCAUGUCCGGUUCCAAGAGCAAACUAUAACAAAUGUUACAUCAUCAAUUUGUUCACCUAGAACCAGUGGAGAGUGUUUAUUAAUACAUAUUCAGUGCCAGUGGAAGCGUUCUUAUCAUGACCAGCGCCAGUGGAAAAGUAAUUAUUAUGGCCAGCGCCAGUAGAAUCAUUAUUAUAAUGAACUGUGCAGUAAUUAUUUCCAAUUUUAGCCACAAACUCCGUUGCAAAUUGUGCAAUUUGAAGAAAUCGUCCAGUAGAGCUGAAUCUUCUCUCUCAUGUGCCCAGCAGUCAGUACCGGUAAACGUGAUAAUCAUGACAUCUCAUCUGUCCUUCCUGUCUGUCUGUUAAAAUUAUCUAAAACAUGCAUUAUUUGUUCUCUUCAGUGUCUCUACAUCUCUUUGCGUAACUAGAGUUAUUUUAAGCUCACUUCUAUGCAACUUGUCGUUCUCAUAUCAAAAGCAUGACAGGAUUUAGACCGGUUUAUUUCAUUCGUAUAAAUUGUUAUAUUUAUUUUUACUUAUAUAGGAGUAGUAGUCGUGCUUGCAAUUAGAGGGCAUAUUUUAUAAUCUUUAGGGUUUUCUUUACAUUGCACUUAUCAGAAUUUUUUGGGCAUUCUUUUGAAAAUUUAAGAGCGCACAUAACUGUGUACUCUCGUCUCACUGCCAUGCUUCAAAUACUAGCUAAUAAUAAUAGUAACGUAUCCUUCCCGCUUCACAAAUAUUAGAAGUAAUAAUAGGUACUGCUUUCGGUGUUGUCUUGCAAGAGAAAUAGAAUGUGUGAAGCCUGUAUUGAAGACAGUUUUUGCCUUCCACGAGCUCGGCAGGUUGUUCGGCGUAGCCGGUGUUGAGUGAUAUGGUUGAAGAAUGGUAAUUCAGUAAUUUAUUACUGUAGGUAAUAACAGCUUACGAUAGUAUUAAUUAGUUUGGAUGUACCAGCAGCUUAUAGGCACGAGUAUCAACUCUACUUGAUAAUCAUCAAAUGUUCUCAUCUAAAAGCGACACGGAUGCAUUGAUAUAAUAUCUAUCUUUAAAAAAAACCGUAGACAUGUUCCAUGAACUAACACCAGAGCUACCAUGACCACGCAAGACUAUAGUUCAUUAGUAGCAAUGUCAGGCUGUGUAGAUAUACUAGGGUUGGACAUAUACUAUACUAGAAGCGUUGGUUCUUGGCUUAUAACUUAAUCUUGAAAUAUUCCCAAAGUUAGCUUCUGUUGUGCAUUCUUUAACCAUUUUUGUCGACUCUAUUUCUGCAUUUGAUUCAAUUUGCUCACAUCGGACAUGGAUUCAUCAUGGCAUGAAAUUCAGAGUUUUAUUCUGAAAAUAUAUUUUAAACUUAAACCAGAUUUUAUUUGUGCGUAAAAAAUCACUCGCGUUUGAACUUGUAUGAAAUCUGUCGUCCCAGUUCUUCUUCUGUCACAGAAUGACACGCUGUUGUUCAUGAAAAUCUUAUUAAUGUUGGACGAUGUUGUGGAAUUGGAGAGACGAAUCAACUGAUCGUUUCUGAAGGUUGAAUUUUACCCCUUCGUUUGCACAUUGGAUUGUUACAAGGAUUUAUUAUAAAAUUUGUCUGCAUUUUUAAAGCAAAUAUUGAUGUAAAUACACUGCUUUUCCUAUUUAUUGUAUUUAUUAAUGUUAAAUUAUAUCAGAUUUCUUAGUUUGAUUCCAUAUCGAUUCCAUUGUGUUGGGGAUAAAUGAUUUUUUUAGGAUUAAUGUGUUUAAAAGCACCCGUGGGUGGAGGCAGCUACUAAAUAUAUUACAGGAAUAUCAAUAUUAGGUUGUCUCGCGGUAGCUUCUGUCAUAGUAACGGAACUCUUGUUUAGAUGUUAUGAUACUUUAAUGACGAGUUAAUGCAUCCCAGCAUUAAAUAAAUUUUAUAUUCCAAUAAUUGUCUGAAAAGUUAGUAUUAUAGUAUUAACAAGGACCCUAUUAAGUUCAUGUUUGUAUUGAUUUCAAAUGUACCGAUAUUCAGUCCUAGAAAUUAUCGAGAACUGACGGGUUGAAUUAAGACCAUGAAUUUCAAUCAUUCCCUGAAUUGAUCGUUUGAAAACAUGCAAACAAAGUCUGUAACAAAUACUUAACAGUAACCCUUUUCUUUCAAGUCAACUAUUAUUAGGAUAUUUAUCAUAACAUUUAAGUAGCGUAUUUUGUUGCGGUCUGAGGUUAAGAAAUUUUUUCUUUGAUUCGUGAUGAGGUGAGUGUCGGCACGUGUUAACAGAUUGCUUGCCGCUAAUGAGAAUAACCUAGCAGGAAAACUCGGCAAUGUUAGUUUUCUGAUACCUAAUUUCUGAAGUACCAUGUAGGCAAAAAUUUUGAACGUUUACACUGUAAUGUGUUGGGUCAGACGAAAUAAAUGUUCGUGCGCUGGUAUUUAUAGGCGUUUACGUUGAUUUUGUUUGUUUGUUAACAAAGAAGCAUCACAAAUGACGAGGAAUUACAUGCAAGUGCGUGCCUGUCUGAUGCUGACCUACUCCUGCCUGAUGGGCAUGGCUAUUGUUUGUAAGAGACCAUAUUUUCAUUCUCGAUAAUUCUGUGCGUAAGUUUGAUGUGAUCUUACAGUGACGACUUUGAUAUUCAUUUUGACCUCGGGAGGUUCCCCAUGGAAUGCUGCUAUCUUAUUUACUUACACUGUCUACUUGUAAUAUAUUAGAGACUAUAAAAAUAUCCAUGACUAAGUAUUGGUCUUGCAUAAGGGUGCAUCAGUGCAUUAUUUCUCGAUAGAACGCGUAGUUUGAAUGGGUGCUACUGAUGUAAGUGCUACUGUUUAGGUAAUAGCCAUACUUUAGACCAAUCUUGUCGCAAAUGUACAUAGGUCUUAAGAAAUAGCUAUGCUUUUCGCACCAAAUGAUCCGUCACAUGUAGUGUGUCGAUUAUUCUGUAUGCAUUAUCAAUAGCGUGUUGAGGCUGGCUGGCCUAGAAUGCAAUCUUGACUUUCAGGAAAGGUAGCUAGGCUGCUUGCUAGGUUCAGUGUGUAGUGGCGUUGGCGAUACUGCUUAUUUUCCGCAUUUUGUCACCAUGGGAGUAUCUUAUACAUUUUAUCAACUUAUUUUGUGAUAACUUUAUUUUCCUCUAUGUUAAGAGUCGUAGUCAACACAUGUAUUAGUUGCAUCGCAACACGUCAUCUUGUGUACCAGAGUUGUUGGUAAUUGCUUUUUUUUCCGCGCAUGAGAUCCUGAUGUUUUUAUUGAAAAAUAUUUACUCUUUGGACGCGACUUUUCUUUUAUUUUAGUGCCCGUAUUAAAUUUAUUUUUGUAUUCUGUAUCCAUGUUUUUGUUGUAAAGUGCCGUACGUCACUGGCUUUAUAAUGCUAUAAUUUGAAAAUGUUGGGAUCGCCACUCUCAAGAGGUAACUAUGGACAGUAUGGUUGAUAUAAAGGACUUCUAAGUAACAUCAUUCAGUUUGAAGGGGAUAAAGAAAAAUAUUGAAAUCUGAUAUAUUCUGAAGUCACAGCGCCUGUUGCACGUCUAGUCGUCUUUUGCUUUAGUUAUCUUAGGCAUUAAUCCUUCUUUAUCAAUACAUUAA